AUGGCUUCGGAAAAUAAUGAUGUCAAUCUUCGCAGCGAUAUCAAUUUCAUAGAAACCCCCAAACCUAAGCCUUCCAACUUUGCAACAACGGAAGGCUGCGGGAUUCCCACAACAGACUCACCAGCUAUCCACAAUGCCCCUCUGCCGGCAGAGGGUGCUGGCAAUGAGAGCUUCUCCAAUGGCUUGUUGCUUGGUGCUCUAGUUGGAGUCCCGACCCUGCUCACAUAUAUUCUGGGCGGUGGCUUCAAGACCAGAAUCUUUUUCGGCCUCAUCACCGGUCUGCCAGUGCUGAUCGGGUUCUGGGCUUGGAAAUCGACAUCCAGCCCCCGCCUCAAUGAGAAGGUCAAAUUGCCCGGUCGGCCCGUAGAGCACUAUGUGACAUUCAAAAACGAGGCGGACCGUGCUAAAUGGCAUGGCAGAAACCGCAUUCCUAUGCAGACUUUCUGUGAAAUGUAUCUCAAUGGCGCAGUGGAUUUCAAUGGUGACUGUCUUGACGUGCUGGAAUACCGACACGACUGGGCACACUUUGGAUUCACCUGGGAUCUAUUCAAAUUCAUCUUCUUGACCUUUGCGAGAGACGUUCUCUUCCACACCAAGUCGCAGGACGAAGAGCAGAUCCGCCCAAAUUACGACCGUGGCAAUGAUCACUAUGCCUGGUUCCUCGGUCCUCGCAUGAUCUACACAUCUGGUAUCAUCUCCGACACGGAGCGCGAAGAAACCCUCGAAGAGAUGCAAGACAACAAGAUGGCAGUUGUGUGCGAAAAGCUCGCACUCAAGAAAGGCGAGACCAUGCUGGAUAUCGGCUGUGGUUGGGGAACUUUGGCCAAGUUCGCGAGUCUCAACUACGGAGCAAAUGUUACCGGUCUUACUAUCGCGAAACACCAAACGGCAUGGGGAAAUGAUGCCCUUCAGAAGGCCGGUGUGCCCGAAUCCCAAAGCCGCAUUCUGUGCAUGGACUACCGCGACAUUCCUCGUACGAAAUACGAUAAGAUCACACAGCUGGAGAUGGGUGAACACGUUGGAAUCCGGAAACUCACUGGAUUCUUCCGCCAGUGUUAUGACAUGUUGGAGGACGAUGGUGCUAUGUAUGUGCAGCUGUCUGGUCUUAGACAAGCUUGGCAAUAUGAGGACUUUAUCUGGGGCUUGUAUCUGAACAAGUAUAUCUUCCGUGGUGCGGAUGCCUCGACUCCUCUUUGGAACUACGUGCGAUCAUUGGAGCGCGCCGGCUUCGAGAUCAAGGGUGUCGACACCGUGGGAGUCCAUUAUUCUGGAACACUCUGGAGAUGGUACCGUAACUGGCUUGGAAACACCGAUACAAUCAAGGCUAAGUAUGGUGAUCGAUGGUUCAGAAUCUGGGAGCUCUUUCUUGCCUGGUCAGUCAUUGCCUCCCGCCAAGGCAGUGCGACUUGUUUCCAAAUUCUUGUUGUCAAGAAUUUGAACUCCACGCACCGUGUCAAUGGAAUUGCGUCUCAGUUUGGCUUGUCUGCCGCUCUUGAGUCGAGCAGAAAAGCCGGAAAGUCCAAAUUGCCAGCAGUGUAG